GGCCGUGUUUUUGUUUCGUUUCCCAGCAAAUCCUUCCCUCCGUCCCAGCCCUGUCCCGGAGCUGCAGCGCCAUGGCCCAAGCGGAGAUUGUGGCCGGGCUAAGGGAGGAGCUGACGUGCCCCAUCUGCCUGGAUGUUUACAGGGAGCCCACGUCCCUGGGCUGUAGCCACAGCUUUUGCAGGGAUUGCAUCAAGCAGGCUCUCCGGAGCCAGCAGAGCCCUGCCCGCUGCCCUCUGUGCCAAUCUUCUGUCGGGGAGCUGCAGCCCAACUUCCAUCUCCGCAACAUCGUGCAGAAAUUUAUGGAUGCUCCUGAGUACCAAGAGGAGGAAGAGCAGGAAGGGCAGCGCAAGGAGAAGGAGGAAGGCUGUGGCCAGGAAGAGGAGGUGGUUCUGUGUGAUUCCUGCCUCCAGGAGCCCCAGCCCGCGGUGAAAACUUGCCUGAGCUGUGAAGCCUCCCUGUGCCAGGCUCACCUGAACAAACACAACGGCAGGAAUACCCAGAAGAGCCAUGUGCUGGUGGAGCCCUGUGACAGCCAGGCUUUGGCCGAGAGGAGAUGCCCCAAGCACGGCAAAAUGCUGGAGUGCUUUUGUAAGCAGGACUUGGAGUGUAUCUGCAUCCUGUGCUCCAUCCUGUCCCACAAGAACCACCAGAUCGUCACUUUGGAGGAGGCUUUCCGGGAUUCCCAGAUAUCUCUUCCUGGAACUCUGGAAACACUAAAAAAGCAUGAAGCUGCACUGGAUCAAGCCAUAGCACACCUGGUGAAACAAGAGAAUGGACUAAAGACUGAGGAGAGACAGAGGAGGGAACGGCUGGAGAACCUGUUCAAGGACAUGCAUAAGCAGCUAGAGAUGAAAAAAAGAGAGGUCCUGCAAGUUCUCAGUAAGCACGAGGAGCAGCAACUUUCUCGGAUCCAGAGAGAGAUGAAUAAUCACAAGGAGAAGAAGGAUUUAGCCAGCCGUGAUGUUCAGGAGCUGGAGGCUCUGAGAAAUCAGAAGGACACACUUCUUUUCACCAAGGUUUUUGCAGCAAUUAAAGCCAGGAAACGCAACCCAGUUCCUAGCAUGGACGGUGUGAUAGUGGCAAACCCACCCAUUACUUUGGAGAAAUCAACAGCAGAUUCUAUUAUGUCGUUUUUCUGGAAAUUCCUCUCAAACAUGGAUGCCUCCUUAAGGCAGCAACCACCUCCAGCAUUUGGAGCAGCACCUACUGGUCGAAGACAUCCACGGCAGAAAUACGGCUUUGUCUGUUCAUGAUGUCUGUCAAGGCUGGACAUCCUGCUAAGGACUUCAUGAUUAUAGGGACAGGAACCAUCCCUUUGAAGUAGUCCAUCCAUGCUGCCAUCAGUGUGUGGAAGCUCCUGUAGUGAUGUGGGGACAAGGUGUUAUUUUAUAUUUCCAGGCCUAGGAGCUGUGAGCCUUGUACAGAGGCUGUGCUAAGAUGGCACAGAUCAGAAAUGGGACUGUGGGCUGCUGUGAUGGGGGGUGUUUCACAGCACCCUGCCUCUUCCUGCAAGAGAUCCUCUUUUAUUUGUUCUGUUAAUCAUAAUGGAAAUACCAUUAAGUUGCUCACUUUUGCUCAGCUGUAUCAAGUACUGCGUUGGGUUCAUGUUAUUAAAGUCAUUUUAUUAGCUUGCAAAACACGAUGGCAAUUUAUUUUAUCUUA